AGCUCUUGUAGACCAGGCUGGCCUCGAACUCACAUCUUCCUACCUCUGCCUCCCGGAGUGCUGGGAUUAAAAGCACAUACCACCACUGCCUGGCUCAGUCUGCUUGCUUAUAGCUCUUGGGAUCAACAGCCCAGAGGCAGCGCUGCCUGUAGUGAGCUGCGUCCUUCCACAUUGGUCAUCAAUCAAGAAAAUGCACCACAAGCUUGCCCACAGGUAACAGUGGCAUGGCUGUGUCCCAGACUUUCCUGCCCGGGCCUACCCAUGAACCUGCAGGUGCUUUGAUGGAGCCUCUGCCUUGCUCUCAGAGCUUGGCUGAGGGCUUCUUGGAGGAGGAGCUUCGGCUCAAUGCCGAACUUCACCAGCUGCAGUUUCCAGAGCCCGUGGGUGUCAUUUACAACCCAGUGGAUUAUGCUUGGGAGCCGCACCGCAACUACGUGACCCGCUACUGCCAAUGUCCCAAGGAAGUGCUCUUCCUGGGCAUGAACCCAGGACCGUUUGGCAUGGCCCAGACUGGGGUAAAGGCCUGGCUUCCUCUGGUACCUUUUGGGGAAGUGAAUGUGGUCCGGGACUGGCUGGGCAUUGGGGGCUCUGUGCUGACCCCUCCCCAAGAGCACCCUAAGAGACCAGUGUUGGGACUGGAGUGCACCCAGUCAGAGGUGAGCGGAGCCCGAUUCUGGGGCCUCUUCCGGGCCCUCUGUGGACAGCCCCAAGUCUUCUUCCGGCAUUGCUUUGUCCACAAUCUGUGUCCUCUGCUCUUCUUGGCUCCCAGUGGACGAAACCUCACCCCAGCUGAUCUGCCGGCUAAACAGCGGGAGCAGCUACUGGCGAUCUGCGAAGCCGCCCUGCGCCGGCAGGUGCAGCGGCUAGGGGUGCGGCUGGUAGUGGGAGUGGGGCGACUGGCAGAGCAGCGGGCACGAAGAGCUCUAGCUGGGCUCGCUCCAGAGGUGCAGGUGGAGGGGCUCCUGCAUCCCUCUCCGCGAAGCCCACAGGCUAACAAGGGCUGGGAGGCAGCAGCCAGGGAAAGACUCCAAGAAUUGGGGCUCCUGCCUCUGCUAAGGAACGAGUGCACGACCAGGCCUAGCACACCUUAGAGAUCACCUGAUUACAUGCAGGCUUUGCUGGGCUCCCUGUUGGAGGAAACGUUUUCAGCACUCUGGGCUUUUGUCUAAUGCCAGGCAGACCCUGAUCGCAGGGUGGGCAGCUCUUGUUCUGUACAGUGUCCACAGAGGGUGGGCCUUUGCACUCACCUGCCACAUCAUUUCCUCGGGGACCUCUGUGUGCAGAGGGUCCUAGAUAGGGAUGUCUGAGGUCAUAUUUGAAGUUUUGGAGGAAAGAUAAUUUUAAUUUUAAUCUUUCCUGUUUUGUUUUUAUUGGCAUUGUUUUUGGCACUGCCUCAUAUACACUAGGAAAGCUCAUACUGUUCUACCUCAGACUUUUUGACACUAAUUGUACAUACUAGUGGGGUUCAGAGUGAUGUUUCCACACAUGCAUUAAGUGUGUACUGAUCGAGUCUGACCUCUCUUAAUCUGUCCUCUCCACAGCUCCCCCUCCCCAACCAGAGGGCAAUCUUUCUGGGAUCCCUGCUCAUCCUUACAGAACACUUUCCUCUAGCUGGCUGCUCUCCUUUCCUCCCAGGGACCAGGACAGACAUCAUGUUGAGAAUGAGCUUCUGAGCCAGGUGUCCUGGCAUACCCUUGUAAUUCCAGCACUCAGAGACAGGAGGGUCAGGUUAGGCUCUAUCUCAGAAACAAACAAACAAACAAACAAAUAAUAAAAAGUGAAUUUCUUCAGGGAGACCGAGGUUGGAUCCGAGGGACACUUAUAUGUUGCAGACUAGGAAAGAUCUAGAUCUUCAUUCCCCUUCCCCCGUGAGGCCUGUGAACUUUUUUUUUUUUAAACCUCUCUCAGUUGGGCAGUGGUGGCACACACCUUUAAACCCAGCACUUGGAAGACAGAGGCAGGCGGAUCUCUGAG